AUGGCAAGCGCGCAACUUACCGAGGAAGAGCUACAGCAGAGCGCGAUUUUAUCGGAGGAAGAUGCCGAAUUCGAAGACGCACCUUGUAUACCUGCUGAUCAGAUACCGCAAACUACCGAAAGCCCGUUGACGAAUCCCAAUACACAUGAUGACGAACUCUCGGAUGCAGUUGGCGACGAAGACAAUCAAGGAGACGCAAGCGUCAUCGAGAACGACGUUGAAAUGGGCGAGUACCCAGACGACAACAGCGAGCUUUCCGAGCAAGAAUCACUAGACGAGGAGUUAGAAAUUCAUUCUCAGGGGGAUAUGGAUCGGCACACGGAACAAGAUGAAAGAGAUGACGCUUCAGGCGGCGCUCGGAGUCGCAGCAGUAGUUUGCUGGACGAUAUUGAGGAGGAUGAGGCGGAAGGUGUCGGCGCUGUCAAAAUCAGGCCGGGUGAAACCGACGAUGAGGACGCAGACGAUCCUGAGAGCGAUCACACUGAUUCGCACAGCGAAUCCGCCAACGAAUCCGAGGAGGACGCUGCGUGGGACGAGGUCGCCGCAGCAGGCGAAGAUGACGAAGAGGGAUCGGAGGACGCGGCACCUAAUACGUGUAUGUUCUGCAAGCAAGACGAAGAGCACGAUCCUGCGGAAGACUUCGAGGAGUUUCUGACCUGUGUCGACUGCGGCGAAAAUUCACACCAACAUUGCGCUCGAGCGGCCGGUGCUCUUCAGGAUCUAAACAGUGCCUCCCAAUGGAAGUGUCUCGAUUGUGCAUCGGAAGACCAGGCCCCUGUCGAUGAUGCCCAAGGCGACGCUACUCUAAAGCAGGAGCGCGAUAACGCCGACGAGCACUAUAAGGAUAAGGAACGCGAGCCCGAGCUCGACGUCGACCUCUCUCCGUCUUCCAGACGCUCUACGGCAUCUCAAGUUGCGCGGGACUUGCUUCCAGCUCAAAAAGGCACAAUCAAACCCGAUUCUCAUUCGGUCUUUAACCACCUUUUGCUAGACGGCGACCCUAUGGACGGAUCCCGUGUGCUUCGUAAGCGCAAGACAUCCUCUGUCGAAGCCGAUGAUGUUGUCGUGUCGCUUCGAAAGCGUCGGCGCAAUGUGUCCAAAGAGCGGGACUCGAGCCAGGGUGCCGGGACAUCGCAAGAUGGUCCAAACGGGAUCAAAGAAAAGGACUCACGACGCAAGCUGCGCCUCAACCCCGCGCGCAAAGCCCAGGCGGUCACUAUUACGCGACGGUCUCGUUCCAUCAUCGUCAAGAUGCGCGUAAAGACAUCCGCUCUCCGCCGAGCCCUAUCCAGAAAGUCUGAGUCAAGUCGAAGAAGAGUGGAGAGGGCAGGCACGGCUGCAUCGUCGCAUGAUGGGCUGACCGCCGCCAUGACGGGCUCGUUCACUUCAUCAGACUAUACGCACCCUUUUUAUUCAUUCUUCGAUCGGGAAACGGAUGAUGUGAAAACGAAGCCCUACGGAGGUAUCCUUAGCGAAACGGAGGCUGACACGUCAAGAACAUUACCCACCAACGAUGAUCGCCGGCGGUUUGACGAGGCCAAACAGAAAGCAGAAGAAGUCUGGCGGGCUCGUCUUCAGAGCGCCCAACUAAACCUAGCGACUCCUGCCAAGAGAUCCAAGAAGAAUUCUGGACCUGCAAGCCAGAUCGAGUGCAUCGAUUUCGGAGGUUGGGAGAUCGAUACCUGGUAUGCCGCUCCCUACCCCGAGGAGUACAGCCGGAACCGGACUCUCUACAUCUGCGAGUUCUGCUUGAAGUACAUGAACUCGGAUUAUGUUGCUUGGCGGCAUAAACUCAAAUGCCCAGCCAAACAUCCGCCGGGCGACGAAAUAUAUCGGCACGGGUCCGUGUCCGUCUUUGAGGUGGACGGCCGAAAGAACCCGGUGUAUUGUCAGAAUCUUUGCCUCCUCGCCAAGCUCUUCCUAGGGUCCAAGACGCUCUACUACGAUGUCGAACCGUUCCUUUUUUAUGUCCUGUGCGAAUACGACGCACUUGGCUAUCACUUUGUUGGUUACUUCUCGAAAGAAAAAAGAGCCAGCAGCCAAAACAACGUCUCGUGCAUCCUGACUUUGCCUAUCCACCAGCGGAAAGGCUAUGGCAAUCUGCUGAUUGAUUUUUCUUACCUACUCACCCGCGUGGAACGCAAAACCGGGUCGCCUGAAAAGCCGCUUUCUGACAUGGGUCUUGUCUCCUAUCGCAACUACUGGAGGCUGGUCCUGUGCCGAUAUCUACUGGACCAUGUCGAAGAAGACAAGUCAGCGGCGCCAGGCCUGAGCAUUCGACAGAUGUCCGACGACACCGGGCUGACUCCCGAUGACGUCAUUUCUGCCCUUGAAGGCCUUAGAUGCCUCGUGCGUGAUCCCCAAACCGAGCUGUAUGCUUUUCGCGUCGAUAUUGCAUACUGCAACGAGUAUAUUGCGAAGUGGGAAGCCAAGGAUUACGUCAAACUAAACCCAGACUCGCUCACCUGGACACCAUACGUCAUGGGACGAGGCAACGCCACGAACUUCGAGCUUGGCCCUGCCAUCAGUGCGAUCGCACCGCGAGAAGAAGACGACAGUCAAAAGCCGGCUCACGAGACACUGCCACCUACCUCACAGCAAGACCCAACCACCAACGGCCUUCCGACCAAGGACAUCGCCAACAGUCCUCACACCCCUGACGGCGCCUCGUUCGCUAGCACAGAGGGUGUUGGCAAGGAUGUGAAUGGGUCGAAGGCGGGGAACGACGUUUACGAAUCGACAGAGUCACACCAUGAUGGUUUACUGCUAAACGGCAACACUGUCAAGGAACAGGCCCAUGAGGAGGCGUCUCGGCGCAGUGAAGUACCUCAUCCGACGACUCCUGGACCGCCAGUGGGGCAGGACUGGGCCGGCAUGUAUAAGAACGUACCGCCGUCGAGGUUUGAAGUGUAUCCGCCUCCUGGUGGCCGACGUUCCGACCGGCCGCGGCCAAGUGUUCCUCGGCCAUCUGUGGCUCGGAACACAAGCAACAGUUCGCGACCACGUCGAUCCGGUGGCGGUAGUAGCGUGAGGCGACCCACUGCGACCCGGCCCAAGAGCAAAAGCUCAUCGUCAUCAUCGCGGCGGAAGACGGGCGGGACGGGACGCGGACCGGGCCGGUGGCCCAAGGGUACUAAGAAGAGCGAUUAUGGGAAUGCCGAUAGUGGACCUGGUCUUCCGCCGGGUUGGGUCAAGGACAAGCAACAGCUUGCCAGUCUCGGAGUAGCCAAGGGUCAAGAGGUUGAAGGACUCACGUCCGAAAGCAAGGAGACGAUCGACGUGGUUCGGGUUCAAUUCGAGAAGGGAGCACAGGAUGCCGCGAGCGGAAAUGUUGCUGGGGGCUACCAUGGCAGCCAUGGCAAUGCCGAUGGCCGUACGGACGAUGAGUGA